CUCCUCCACUCAGUCUCUUAUUCUCUCCCUCUCUCUCUUCACGCUUCUCUUGGGGGCUUGAACUUAGCACUUUGACACUCAGUUAGUUAGUCUCAGAUCUCCAUAAAAACCCCUAAGAAGGAGAAAAAAAGAAAGAUGGUGUACACACUCUCUGGAGUUCGUUUUCCUACUGCUCCAUCAGUGUACAAAUCUCAAGGAUUGAACAGUAAUGGUGAUAGGAGGAAUGCCAAUGUUUCUGUAUUCUUGAAAAAACACUCUGUUUCACGGAAGAUCUUGGCUGAAAAGUCUUCUUACGAUUCCGAAUCCCGACCUUCUACAGUUGCUGCAUCGGGGAAAGUCCUUGUGCCUGGAAGCCAGAGUGAUAGCUCCUCAUCCUCAACAGACCAAUUUAAGUUCACCGAGACAGCUCCAGAAAAUUCCCCAGCAUCAACUGAUGUAGAUAGUUCGACAAUGGAACACGCUAGCCAGAUUAAAACUGAGAAUGAUGACGUUGAGCCAGCAAGUGAUCUUACAAGAAGUGUUGAAGAGCUGGAUAUUUCUUCAUCACAACAACUAGAAGAAGGUGGUAAACUGAAGGAGUCCAAAACAUUAAAUACUUCUGAAGAGACAAUCAUUGAUGAAUCUGAUAGGAUCAGAGAAAGGGGCAUUCCUCCACCUGGACUUGGUCAGAAGAUUUAUGAAAUAGACCCCCUUUUGACAAACUAUCGUCAACACCUUGAUUACAGGUAUUCACAGUACAAGAAAAUGAGGCAGGCAAUUGACAAGUAUGAGGGUGGUUUGGAAGCUUUUUCUCGUGGUUACGAAAAGAUGGGUUUCACUCGUAGUGCUACAGGUAUCACUUACCGUGAGUGGGCUCCUGGUGCCAAGUCAGCUGCCCUCAUUGGAGAUUUCAACAAUUGGAACCCAAAUGCUGACGUUAUGACUAGGAAUGAAUUUGGUGUCUGGGAGAUUUUUCUGCCAAAUAAUGCGGAUGGCUCUCCUGCAAUUCAUCAUGGGUCCAGAGUGAAGAUACGUAUGGACACUCCAUCAGGUAUUAAGGAUUCCAUUCCUGCUUGGAUCAAUUUCUCUGUACAGCCUCCAGAUGAAAUUCCAUACAAUGGAGUAUAUUAUGAUCCACCCGAAGAGGAGAGGUAUGUAUUCCAACAUCCACGGCCUAAGAAACCAAAGUCGCUGAGAAUAUAUGAAUCUCAUAUUGGAAUGAGUAGUCCGGAGCCUAAAAUUAACUCAUACGUGAAUUUUAGAGAUGAAGUUCUUCCUCGGAUAAAAAAGCUUGGGUACAAUGCGGUGCAAAUUAUGGCUAUUCAAGAGCAUUCUUAUUAUGCUAGUUUUGGUUAUCAUGUCACAAAUUUUUUUGCACCAAGCAGCCGUUUUGGAACGCCUGAUGACCUUAAGUCUUUGAUUGAUAAAGCUCAUGAGCUAGGAAUAGUUGUUCUCAUGGACAUUGUUCACAGCCAUGCAUCAAAUAAUACUUUAGAUGGGCUGAACAUGUUUGAUGGCACAGAUAGUUGUUAUUUUCACUCUGGAGCUCGUGGUUAUCAUUGGAUGUGGGAUUCCCGCCUCUUUAACUAUGGACACUGGGAGGUACUUAGGUAUCUUCUCUCAAAUGCGAGAUGGUGGUUGGAUGAGUUCAAAUUUGAUGGAUUUAGAUUUGAUGGUGUGACAUCAAUGAUGUAUACUCACCACGGAUUAUCGGUCGGAUUCACCGGGAACUACGAUGAAUACCUUGGACUCGCAACUGAUGUGGAUGCUGUGGUGUAUUUGAUGCUGGUCAACGAUCUUAUUCACGGGCUUUUCCCAGAUGCAAUUACCAUCGGUGAAGAUGUUAGUGGAAUGCCAACGUUUUGUAUUCCCGUUCAAGAUGGGGGUGUUGGAUUUGACUAUCGGCUGCAUAUGGCUAUUGCUGAUAAAUGGAUUGAGUUGCUCAAGAAACGGGAUGAGGAUUGGAGAGUGGGUGACAUUGUUCAUACACUGACAAAUAGAAGAUGGCUGGAAAAGUGUGUUUCAUACGCUGAAAGUCACGAUCAAGCUCUAGUCGGUGAUAAAACUAUAGCAUUCUGGUUGAUGGACAAGGAUAUGUAUGAUUUUAUGGCUCUGGAUAGACCGUCAACACCAUUAAUAGAUCGUGGGAUAGCAUUGCACAAGAUGAUCAGGCUUGUAACUAUGGGAUUAGGAGGAGAAGGGUACCUAAAUUUCAUGGGAAAUGAAUUCGGCCACCCUGAGUGGAUUGACUUCCCUAGGGCUGAUCAACACCUCCCUGAUGGCAAAGUAAUUCCUGGAAACCAAUUCAGUUAUGAUAAAUGCAGGCGGAGAUUUGAUCUGGGAGAUGCAGAAUAUUUAAGAUACCAUGGAUUGCAAGAAUUUGACCGGGCUAUGCAGUAUCUUGAAGAGAGAUAUGAGUUUAUGACUUCAGAACACCAGUUCAUAUCACGAAAGGAUGAAGGAGAUAGGAUGAUUGUCUUUGAAAGAGGAAACCUAGUUUUUGUCUUCAAUUUUCACUGGACAAAUAGUUAUUCAGACUAUCGCAUAGGCUGCCUGAAGCCUGGAAAAUACAAGGUUGUCUUGGACUCGGACGAUCCACUUUUUGGUGGCUUCAGGAGAAUUGACCAUAAUGCUGAAUAUUUCACCUUUGAAGGAUGGUAUGAUGAUCGUCCUCGUUCCAUUAUGGUGUAUGCACCUAGUAGAACGGCAGUGGUCUAUGCACUAGUAGACAAAGAAGUAGUAGUAGAAGAAGAGCCCGUUGAAGAAUGAACAAACUUGUGACCUCGUUGAAAGAUUUGAAGACUACCUGGUCAUCCACAUAGCUUCUAGGCAAAUCUGGCUAUAUUGCAUCACUCUUGGCGGAAUUUCAUGUGACAAAAGGUUUGCAGUUCUUUCUACUACUAGUAGACCAACGAUAUAUGAAGAGAUGAAGUGCUGGCCAAACAUAUGUAAAACCACUACUUGUGCCAUAUAAAAACCACUAGCAGGUUGAUGCUGGGACGGGCUUCAGCAGGUUUUGCUUAGUGAGUUCAUACUGCAUUCUGUAAAUUAUCAUCUACUAAGAUCUCUUUAUAUGUACAGCCAACUAGAUAUCAACUAUGUGACCUAAAAUACUAUAACAAUAAAAUGGAAAUAGAGCUGAUCUAAUGAUGUUUUAUUGGGCUCAAAAUUCGUGGACACAGUUACCUGUUGCUAGUGUGGGAGGCGACAAAUAUCAUGUGGAAUUAGUCGAGGUAUGCCCAAGCUGGCUUAGACAAUUAUAAUAAAAGAUUGGUGUCUAGAAGUGUUUUUCCCCUUCCAA